AUGUUGGUGAAUGAACCCGGUUAUGAGUUCUUGAAAGAACUUGGAUUAGAAGAAAAUUGUUAUGGUGUUUUUGAUGGUCAGUGGAGAGGAGAUGGCGCAUUACUGGAUUCUAUCUGCCCAGCAAACGAGAAGGUAAUUGCUUCAGUAAAGACAGCCACUGAAGAAGAUUAUAGCAAAGCGAUACAGUCAGCUGAAAAUGCGUACGAAAAGUGGUGUGAAGUACCAGCCCCUCAGCGAGGUGAUAUUGUUCGCCAAAUUGGUGAAGCAUUGCGACAGAAUCGGCAAAAUCUUGGGAAACUCGUAUCACUGGAAAUGGGAAAAAUACUAGCGGAAGGUGUCGGAGAAGUUCAAGAAAUCAUUGAUAUAUGUGACUUUGCACUUGGACUUUCUAGAUCCUUUGCUGGACACGUUUUUCCAUCUGAAAGACCUGGGCAUGCUCUUCUAGAACAAUGGAAUCCACUUGGUAUUGUCGGAGUUAUCUCAGCUUUCAACUUUCCAUGCGCUGUUUACGGGUGGAACAGCGCAAUAGCAUUAGUAUGCGGUAAUUCAGUGGUUUGGAAACCGGCUUCAACAACACCGCUCAUUGCCAUUGCCGUUACAAAGAUCAUACAAAAGGUAUUAGAGAAAAACGAUAUUAAUGGUGGGUUAUGUACGCUGAUUAUUGGGAAUGCAGGACGUGCGUUAGUUGAUGAUCGUCGUGUUAAACUAGUUUCAUUUACUGGAUCGACGGAAGUUGGUUUGAAAAUUGGAGAAAGACUUACUAAACGGUUUGCAAAGAUGAUCCUCGAAUUGGGUGGGAAUAACGCUAUAAUUGUGAAUGACGAUGCAAAUCUCGACAUGGUGAUUCCAGCCACAGUAUUUGCUGCUGUCGGAACCACAGGUCAACGAUGUACUUCAGCAAGGCGAUUGCUUGUACAUAAAGCGGUUUACAACGAAGUGGUUGGUCGGAUAAAAAAAGCGUACGCACAAAUUGAAACUAGGAUUGGAAAUCCCCUUGAUCCAAACACUCUAGUAGGCCCUAUGCAUACGAAGGAAAGCAUGAAAGACUAUGAGAUGGCGAUCGACGAAGCUAUUAAAAUGGGCGGAAAAGUAGCUUUCGGAGGCAAACGUCUAACAGAUAAACCUGGUUACUAUGUUUUGCCAACUAUUAUAACUGAUAUUGCUCAUAAUGCACCAAUUGUUCACUGUGAAACGUUCGCCCCAAUACUAUACAUCAUAAAGGUAGAAAAUGUUGACGAAGCUAUCCAAUUUAAUAAUGAAGUACCGCACGGUCUAUCAAGUUCUCUUUUCACACAAAAUAUUCAAGAUGUAUUCAAAUGGAUCGGGCCUAGAGGGAGCGACUGCGGUAUUGUAAAUGUGAACAUACCAACAUCAGGUGCUGAAAUUGGUGGAGCUUUUGGUGGCGAGAAAGAAACCGGCGUUGGUCGUGAGUCUGGUUCCGACGCUUGGAAACAGUAUAUGCGAAGGUCAACUUGUACGAUCAAUUAUGGCAAAGCUCUACCUUUAGCACAGGGAAUCAAAUUUGAAUGA